AUGGCAAAGGCAUUGAUGUCUAUACAAGUGUUUGCCGACAAAGUGGAUGAAUGCCAUCAAAUACUAUCAGAAAACUUUAAUAUUGACUUGAAAUGGUUGCUCCUAUCGGACGAUCCUCAAACAGUGUCGACAAUGACCAAUAAGUUUUGCUCGAAGACAUCCAUAGAAAUUGCAUUGUUUGAGUUAAUUAAAUCAUUAGACAUUACACCAGACGGCAUAAUUGGCCACUCGUUCGGCGAGAUUGCCAGUGCCUAUGCGGACGGCUGUCUAACAACUCGAGAGGCUAUGGCUGUGGCCUACUAUAGGGGAGUCAUAACUGCAAGUGAUAGACUCAUACCUAAGGGUCUAAUGGUUUUCGCUGCUGUUUCCAAAUCGGAAGCUCAAAAGCUUUGUUCGGAUGGCGUGUAUGUGGUUUGCAAUAAUGCUAAAGAUGUUAUCAUAUUAUCAGGUCCCGUCAAAGAAAUGCAUGAAACCAUAGAUAAACUGGUAAAUAGAGAAGUGAUUGUAAGACAAUUGAAAACCAAUGACAUUCCCUAUCACAGCAAAUAUUUGCAAUCAUCGGCACAGCCUAUGAUUGAUGCAAUAAAAAAAUAUCUACCUGAGCCGAAAAUUAGAUCAAAUAAAUGGUUGUCCACAUCGUUGUUGACCGAACCUCAUGAUGAUGUGCUCAAGUAUGCAUCGGCCGAGUAUUUUGUAUAUAAUUUGUUAAAUCCGGUCGAGUUUUACGAACGAUUAAAACAAAUACCUACCGAUGCUGUUGUACUGGAGCUCAGUCCACAUCCUAUAUUCAACAAAAUUAUUGCCGAAACAUUGGUUAACUCAACAUAUAUAUCGUUGCUUAAGAAUGACACGGAGGACAACAACUUAGACCGGUUUCUGACAGGUGUCAGCAAAUUAUAUGAACUGGGAUUCAAUCCGUCCAUUGAAAUACUCUAUCCGAAAGUCGAGUGGCCAGUAGCCCGACAAACGCCAUCAAUAGCAUCGCUACACCGUUGGGAUCAUAGCGAGCAAUUCAAGCGACGUCUAUAUCCACUGACAAACUGUCGUUUGACGGCUUCCGAUAUGAAUGUGACGGUUGAUAUUAAUAGCAAAGACUGGGAAUUUUUAGCCGAUCACUGUAUCGACGGUAACAUUAUAUUUCCGGCCACCAAUUAUUUAAUGCUCGCGUGGCGCCAUUUGGCUGCCAGUGUCGGGAAAUUGUGGAUUACCGUUCCCGUUGUGUUUGAAAACAUACAGUUUCGUCGGGCAACGUUGAUAUCAGCUAAUAGACCAUCUCAUCUAAAAGUCAGAUAUUUUGCCAACAAUGGUGAUUUUGUUAUAUUGGAAGACGACAAUAUUGCAGUAGUAGGUAAAAUGUCGUCACCACCUAAUAAUACGGAGUUCCUUAUGUGUCAGCAUAUGAUUGCCGAAAAAAACAAUCAUAAAGUGAUUGCAACCGAUGAAUAUCUACUGGAAAGGGAUGACAUACGUAAGGAAUUGCGUGUCAAUGGCUACGACUUCGGAUCACAUUUUCGCCGAUUGAAAUCAAUUCGUACGAAAAAUUUCCGAAAUUUUCUGGCCAUUAACGAAUGGGACGGCAAUUUUGUCACAUUCUUAGAUUCGAUGCUACAGUCAAUGCUUUUAUCGGCACCGAUACGUCAAAUGAUGGUACCUGUUAUGGUUAGAUCAGUCAAAAUUGAUCCGACAGUAUUUUUUGAUCAAUUGAAACGAUAUCGUCAAUCGGAUUCACCACCAAAUAAACUAAUUAAUCCUACAGAUGAUGAACAACAAAAUAAAUUUAAUCUAAAUCAUGUAGACAUUGAUAUUACUGCUACCGAUAUACUCGCUGAACGAUUUCAUAAAUAUCAGGCUGAAGUUCCCAUCUAUUAUAAUCGUGACAUACCGGUGCUGGUCACACAUGGCAUUGAAAUCCACGAGAUUUGUACUUCGGCUAUACCGCGAAAAUUGGACACUCAGUCAACGAAACUCGUGUUGGAUUCAUAUGAAUGGAUGCCCAACACUGAUGUUAUGGCCAUUGAUGUCGACUAUCACUAUAAUAGUAAUGACAAUAGAAAUAUUGAUACAAUUAAAAACAAUAAUAAAUUGAUGACAAUUGUUGCCGACAUAUGUAAUAAACCCGAAUUUGAUAUCAAUUUCGAUAUCAUUAACAAUAUUGACAAUAAUGAACGCCUAUUGAGGACAAUGAUUGACAUAAUUAGUGAAAAUAUGAUACCUGUCCACGAAUUGAAUGUCACUGAAAUCAAUUUAAAAAACUCCGGUAGUAGUUAUUUGAUGGAUAAAAUAAUACCAUUAAUGGUUAACUUUAAAGUGAUGCCCACUGAUGUCAACUAUCGGAUUAUUUUCAACAAAUCAGGACAACAACCUAGAGUUCCACCACUAGAUAUUGGUUACAAAUACAACAUUCAGGAAUGGGAUGUCAAUGAAAGUAUAGUUUUGUUGUCAAAUCAUUUGAUUAUAAUGAGAGACAACUGCCAGCUCUGGGAUGACAGCAGUAGUAUUGUCGGCUGUGUCGACAAUUUUAUACAAGAUAUGUACGACUCGAUAGUCACAAACGGUUUUUUAUUAGCCAUAUUUCGCUAUAAGUUAACCGAACCCGAAGUGGCCAUUAAAUCAUUGAUUAAUCCGAAAAACAAGUGCUUAACAGACAAAUAUUUGACGGACAGAAUCGAUACGUUCCAUAAAAUUGCAGUUAAACUUGGAUUUCGGUUUAUUUGCUCUAAGUUUGACACGAUUGGCACACAGACUAUACUUUUCCGUAAAUCUACUGAUACACCUACCGUUCCCAUCAACGAUAGUAUAGUAUGGAUUGCUGGACAACAACAGUAUAAUCUAUGGUUUGAUACAUUAAAAAACAAGUUAAACAAUAUAUCGGAUGGUAAAGUGGACACCAUUUGGCUAAUAUCCAACAAUAAGGACACGAAUAUAAACGGUUUAUUAGGUUUUAUAAAUUGUCUGCGACUUGAGCCCAAUGGACACUAUUUUAAGUGUAUUAUUAAUUAUGAAAACAACAACAACAUCAUCAACGCUAAUAACACAAUUGAUUUUACUGUUGAACCGUACGCUACAAUAUUAGCCAACAAUAUGGCCAUAAAUAUUAUACGCGACGGUAAUAUUGGUACAUAUAGAUACAUGAGACUACCGAAAUAUUUUGACACAGUUAUCAGUAAUAACUAUUUUCUAAAUUAUGGCCAAAACAAUGUUGCCGACAUAUCGGGUCUGACCUGGUAUGACAGCAAUCAUAUUUGGCAUCCUAAGGAACGUUACGAUUUUAAUAACAAUAAAUACACAAAUGUUUCGGUCAAUGUUUAUUGUUCGGGUCUUAUUUUCAAGGAUGUCAUAUUAGCUUCAGGUCGUAUAACAGCUCCUAUAGAUAUCCUGUACAGCAAUAAUACCAGUGAUCUCGGCUGUGAAUUUGCUGGCAGACGAGUGGACACUGGGGAACGUGUUAUGGGAGUCGGUAUGGGGUGUAUUGCAUCGGUUAUUAAUACUCAAUCGAAUUGGAUUACAACAAUACCCGAUCACUGGUCAAUGGAAGAGGCGGCCACUGUUGUGGCCAAUUAUUCAACACUAUAUUACGGUCUUAUACUUAAGGGUAAUCUACAAAAAGGCGAAAAAGUAUUGAUUCAUUCGGGAACCGGUGGUAUCGGACAGUCGGCUAUUAAUAUAUGUAGACACUAUGAUUGCGAUAUAUAUACCACUAUUGGGACUGAAGAAAAACGACAGUUUCUUAUUAAAGAAUACGGAUUAUCUGAUAAUAAGAUAUUCAGUUCACGCGAUACACUGUUUAAACUGAAAAUACUUGAGUUGACUGAAGGAAAGGGAGUAGACAUUUGUAUUAACUCAUUGACCGGCGAUUUACUUGAUGCCAGUUAUCAGUGUAUAGCAAAUGGGGGCCGAUUUUUGGAGUUAGGAAAAGUAGAUAUGAUUCAAAAUAAGCGCUUAGAUAUGUUUGACUUUUUACGUGAUAUCAGUUUUAUUGGUGUGGCAAUGGAUAUGGCUUUGACUAAGAAAGUGGAUCUAAUGCCCAAGUUUUUCCAAUGGAUGCAUCAAAACUCUGGUUUCGAUGGUUGUGUCAAACCUAUAACAAAAACAGUGUUUACGCCUACCGAAGCCGUACAGGCAUUUCGAUAUAUGACAACUGGCAAACAUAUCGGCAAAAUUGUAAUUAAGUUUCGUAAGGAAGAAGAUUAUAGAGAACCGAUAACUAUAGUAAAACCCUCACCCGAUAUGUUGGUCAUCAGGAAAACCUAUUUCAAUGCCGACAAGUGUUAUAUAAUAACUGGUGGUUUGGGUGGCUAUGGCUUAGAGCUUAUACAUUGGAUGAUUAAAAAGGGCGCUAAAAACUUUAUACGGGCACUUAAAGUUAGUAUAGUUGUGUCGACAGCAAAUGGUAAGACUAUUGAUGGCAGUCGACAACUACUUUGUGAAGCGGAACAAUUGGGUCCCAUCGGCGGUGUCUUUCAUUUGGCUCUUGAGCUCAAUGAUUGUCUGUUGAAUAAAUCAAAAUCAUUGGAAAAAUAUCGGUUGGCUAUUGACACAAAGUAUUUGUUGUUUGAGCACUUGGAUCAACUGACCCGUGCGUUGACAUAUAAAUUGGAUUAUUUUGUUGUAUUUUCAUCUCUCGCUUGCGGUAAGGGUAACGCCGGUCAAACCAACUACAGUUUGGGAAACUCUUUAUGCGAACGUAUUUGCGAACAACGAAACCGCGAUGGUCUACAUGGACUGGCCAUACAGUACGGACCUAUUGGCGAUGUUGGCGCUGUCGUCAAUAUGGAAAGUUAUGUCAAACAUUUUGCAACUAUGCAAAUGCAACGAAUCAACUCGUGUUGUCACGUAUUGGACAAAUUGCUUCAAACUAGACAACCAAUUGUUACAUCAUAUGUGAUAAAUACAUAUAAUAAAAAUUUGGUCACAAAAGGAGAUCGUGUUAUUGGUAAAUUAUGGCGCGCACUGGGCAUAGAUCCGGACACCACACCCGACAACAUGAGUUUAGGAGAGAUUGGUAUGGAAUCAAUGUUUGUCAUUGAAAUGCAACAUGAAUUCCAAACCCGAUACGGUAGUCAACUGAGUGUCCAACAAAUCAAACGAAUCACUGUUAAAAUGUUGAAAGAUUACGAUACCGGCAAUAAUAAUAUCAUCCGUCAGUAUAUGGAUCAGUUGAAAGCAUGUAAAUCACAUAUACUAUGCUAUCGAUUUCAAUUACCUACCGAUGCAUGGGUUAGGCUCAACAAUAACACUCAAGGAAAGCCAGUUUACUUAAUGCCACCACCAGAAUGUAAUUUUGCCGCAUUUGAACAAUGGACUCAUAAAGUUAACCGACCCGUUAUUGGUCUCAAUUGGACCCGACAUAUGUAUCAACCGUCGUAUACAAUGAAAGUGGUUUUUGAAUAUUAUAUAAAUUUGAUGGAAAAUUUAGAGCCUAACGGCAACUAUGAUGUUGUGGGCUAUUUGGACGGCGCAUACAUCGCUACUCAGUUGGUUCGUAAAGGAAAAGCCGAUAGAGCUUUGAUUGUCGAUAUGUUUGACGAAAAGAUGCAAAACAACAACAACAACAACGAUAUUCUAAAUUUAAUUAUAGACUACUAUUUUAAUGACAUACCUGAGUGUUAUUAUGAUAAAUUGCAAAUUGAUUUAAAAGCUAUUGGCGAUGAUCUGAGUAAACAAAUUCAGCGAUUGGUUUACGAACUAAAAGAGUUGGCCGGUCGGCAAUUGGUCAUUACCGAUGCCGAACAAAUACUCACCAUUUUUCACAAACGACUGGACAUGUUGUUGACCUACUUGAAGGACAAGAGCAAAAAGUUUGGCACCAAUUUAGAUGAACGAGUAGACAAAAUGUGGGCCAAAACUACUGGGAAAGUAGUGUUUCUCAGUUCAAACACAGACGACAGUGAAACUAAUUUGUCUACAAAUGAUGGACACAAAAGUUUUAUCGGUGACAUGUAUUUGUUGCCAAAUUCAAGUGUUAGUUGA